CUCUCAGGUGCUCAUAUAUCUUUUCGUUUGUUCAGUUUUCAGUUUAAUGUGAAUAAAUCAUUUGAAUAUGAAUAUAGACACACACACAUAUAUACAUUCUUUGUGUUUGUAGUAUAGUAAUAUAUAUAUUGUUUUUUUUAAGUGAUGAAGGUGAUUGAGCCUACUCCGUGAGGAAGAGGGGCUGAUUUUUUUUUUUGAAGUGAGGGGCUACUUUGAUCUUAGCAUGAAAUUUGAAUAUGAUAUUGAUUUUUGAUGGUCUAUGUUUUGUGUUGGUGGUGCUACUGUUUUGUGUUCUCAUUAACAGUUGCAAAACAUUUUUUUUAUUAAUCCAGACUUAUUUUUUUUGUCUCUGUUACAGGUUAUUACUCUUGAGGAUGUAAUAAAGGGAAUGAAGGUAUAAAAUUGCUUGAACUCUUAUUUAUUAUGGCAACUUUCCUUAACCAAAUUGCUAUGGUCUAUUAUUGUUGCAGAUCAUGAGGGAGACUUUGAUAUAUUUGUCACAUCUUGAUCAUGAGGACACGGAAAAGCUGAUGCUAAAGAAGCUAAGCAAACAAUUAAGUGGCGAUGAUUGGAAUUGGAACAACUUAAACACAUUAUGUUGGGCAAUAGGGUCUAUAUCUGGUUCGAUGAUGGAAGAACAGGAGAACAGAUUUUUGGUUAUGGUCAUUCGUGACUUGCUGAAUUUAUGUGAAAUCACGAAAGGGAAGGAUACCAAAGCUGUCAUCGCAAGUAACAUUAUGUAUGUUGUUGGACAGUACCCGAGGUUUCUAAGAGCUCACUGGAAGUUCCUAAAAACUGUUGUGAACAAAUUGUUUGAGUUCAUGCAUGAGACACAUCCUACAGCACUAAAGGCCUCUCUGUGGCUUAUAUCUGGCUUUAAAGUUGGCUUUAAAGUUGGGGUUAGAACAAGGGCUAUAGACACCAACAGUUACCUCAACAUAUUGAGAUACAAUAAUAGGGUACUCUUCCUUGUUGUUACAUUGGCCCUUCAACUUGGUUGCAUUUCUGCUUUUGAGCAUUUGUAUCUUUCAUUUCAUAUGAACAUGCUUGUUUUGGAUGACAUUGUCCUUAAUUCUUUGUGGAGGCAUGCACUUAAACUCUGGUCUAGUGAUCUUAAGCUUGAAGCAUUUGAAGAAAUGACCUACUGA